AUGAAGUUAUCCGCGAUCCUCCUUCUCGGCCUCACUGGCUUCUCCCUUGCCCAUCCAGGCCAUGUCGAGUCGGAAAAGGAGCUGAUUUACAAAAGAAACUACAACGCCGUCACCCGUCGUGGACUGAGUGCCUGCGCCGAACAGAUCGAAAAGCGAGGCAUCAACGCCCGCGCCAAAGCCCGUCGAGCUGCUACGUUUGAGAAGUAUCGCAGGAGUUUGAAGGUCCGCGAUCCAGAUGUCAUUGCCAACACUUCUCAUCUCUCGACUGAGGGGUUCACUCCCAAUACUCCCGCCAGCGAUGUCUUUGGCGAGUCGAACAACUGUGUGAUCAACCCGGAUGGCGAGACGGGACCUUUCUGGGUCAAAGGAGAACAUCUUCGCACCAAUGUUCGUGAGACUCAGUCGGGUAUUCCAAUCGUCAUUGAAGGCCAGUUCCUUGACAUUGAGACCUGUGCUCCAUUGACGGAUGUUUGGUGGGACAUGUGGAGCUGCAACUCCACCGGAGUCUACAGCGGCGCCAUCGGCAGCGGUAAUGGCAACGAAAAUGACCUCGCCAACAUCAACACCACCUUCCUCCGCGGCAUCCAAAAGACCGACUCCGAUGGCGUCGCGACCUUCGAAUCCAUCUUCCCAGGCCACUACUCCGGCCGCGCCACCCACCACCACAUCGCCCUGCACGCCAACGCCACCGUCCUCCCCAACAACACCCUCACGGGUGGCUCUUUCACCCACGUAGGCCAGCUCUUCUGGGACCAAGACAUUAUCAGCAAGGUUGAAGCUACGUACCCGUACAACAUGAACAAUAUCAGCAUCACGGAGAAUGCUGUGGAUCAUGUGUUUACCGUUGAGACGACGAAUACGACGUCGGAUCCGGUGUUCAACUAUGCUUAUCUGGGCGAUGAGCUGGCUGAUGGGUUGUUUGGUUGGAUUACGAUUGUGGUUAAUACUUCGGCGACGUAUGAUCCUGGGUAUAGCUUUGUGUUGACGGAGGAGGGGGGUAUUGCGCAGUCUGGUGGGUCUUCGUAG